AUGGUUCGCACCAGUCAGUACGCAUUUGAUAGUAAUCAUACCCCUGGAUCACCCAAUUGUGUUGCCGAUUGUUUAUCACGAUAUCCGAUUGAACAGCCAGACGAUGUCGUUGAGGAAGAGUUGGAAAUUAUGCAUGGUCAAAUUAUCAGCGUACAACCUAUCACUUUGGGCACAUCACCAAUAUCUGAUUCAUCCAAGAUCCAAGAUCAAGAACGGAAGGAUAAAACAAUCCAACACAUAAGCGAUCAACUGAUCAAUGGAAAACGACGAUUGCCAUAUACAAUGGAAAAUGGUAUUUUACGCAGAACUAUGCAUCGUUAUGGUCAAACACCCUUUAAGUUACCAGCCACCAAUGAUUGA